GCCGAGAACAGUGACAUAUCGACUCGGAGUGUAUUGUUUUUGUUAUUUUAAUAUCAGACACAUUUUAUUUAUUAAAAAUAGUUUGCCAAGUGCAAGACGAUUUAAAAAUGUUCAAAAAGUUUGAAGAAAAGGAGAGUUUGUCAUCGGUGCAGCAACUAAAGUCGUCAGUUCAAAAAGGUAUACGUGCAAAGCUGCUGGAGUCAUAUCCACAUUUAGAGACUCACAUUGAUUUAGUACUACCCAAGAAAGACAGCUAUCGUAUUGCAAAAUGCCAUGAUCACAUUGAAAUACUUUUGAACGGAGCUGGUGAGCAAAUCUUCUUCAGGCAGCGGGAAGGACAGUGGAUGCCUACACUAAAGUUAUUGCAUAAGUUUCCCUAUUUUGUUAACAUGCAGCAGGUGGAUAAAGGUGCAAUUCGUUUCGUUCUAAGUGGUGCGAAUAUUAUGUGUCCUGGCUUGACAUCACCAGGUGCAAUGAUGACACCCGCUGAGAAAAAUUCUGUUGUCGCUAUAAUGGCCGAAGGCAAAGAACAUGCCCUGGCCAUUGGAAUAACGACUUUGUCCACCGAUGACAUAGCUAAGGUUAACAAAGGGAUUGGUGUGGAAAACUGUCACUAUCUCAAUGAUGGCCUGUGGAAAAUGAAACCAAUAAAGUAAACUGAGACUAGUCAAGUACUUUUAGAUCUAAUAUUGCUGGCAUUUUAUACUUUUCAUAAAGGAAAACAUUAAAUAAACAUAUAAAAUGUGGUCAAUUGCA